AGUAUUCGUCUCGAUGUUACAACAUGUAGCUCCUAAAGGCUCACUGAAGUACGAACCAUGGUAUGAAUUGGUGAGUCGGCCGCGGUGGCGCUUAGAUAUAACGCCUGCGGCCGCACUUGACUCACGAGAAAUCCCCCGCGGCGUGGCCGCCUAGCGGUAGCGCCAGCACUCACUUGUUCGCGUGGGGUCUUACACACGGCGGGACCGAAUAUUGUCAUGUCACCAAAUUGUCUAUAAUAAGCUGCAAUUUAGAAUCUUUAACAAUAUUCACCAAAUAUUCUACUUCUUGUAUUAAACUUUUGAUAUCAUACGUGCCAUCAUUUUGAUGACAUAUUGCUGUCAUUAUGAUAUAUACGAAUGCAAGCUCAUGACGAGCUGACAGUUUGCUGUCAACAUGAUAUGUUAUUAUUAAUAAACGUUUGCUCUUAACAUUUCAUUAACUGAUGUUGUGUUUUUGCUCUCCUGUUGCUGACUCAGUUUUACGUUAAAUUUUGUAGCCAGCAAAUUGCCUGCAAAUCCACAACAAUACAUGCAAUGCAUUAGAUUGCCCGAUGUGCUGGGGGGUCGAUCAUGAAACUUUUUCCCUAGUGUGAACUUGUGAAAAAGUGAAAAUUUCCACAAAAAUGAAAAAUUUCACGUGAAAAUGGUUUUAAUGGUGAAAAAGCAGCUUUUUUCGCUAAAUGCAACCAAUUUUAAUAUUAAAUUAAAAUUAAUCGGCUAUAAUGGCUGCUGCAUGGUGGAUUAUUUUUGAGGAAGAAGAAUAUCAAAGAGAAGAAAAUCCAGAAAAUCCUGUACGAAUAAUGCGUAAAAUUUUAAGAGAUACUCAAGAUCCAUUUGACAUACCAGAAAAACCGUUUCAAAAAUUAUACAGGUUAUCUCGAGAGGCAGCAAUGAGACUGUGCCAUGAUUUAUUGCCACAUAUACCUGAAGGAAGGAGACAUACAGCGAUACCCCGUGAAUUAAAGGUCUUUGCAACUUUAAGUUUUUUGGCCUCAGGGUCUUAUCAACGUCGCAUUGGCCAAGAUUUUUUAACUUGCAUGUGCCAAGCAUCAAUAUCUGCAGCAAUUUAUGUUGUUGUGGAGGCACUUAAUCAAAUAAUGAGGCAUUGGAUUAAAUUUCCUCAACUACAUCAUGAACUGGAACAUAUUAAAGAGCAAUUUUGGACUCAUUGUGGGUUUCCUGGUGCAAUAGGUGCUGUUGAUGGCACACAUGUCGCUAUUUGGCCUCCAGAAAAGGAACGAGAACAUUUAUAUAUUAACCGAAAAUUAUACCAUUCGUUAAAUGUUUUGGUAGUUUCUGAUUAUUAUGAAAAAAUAUUAAGUGUAAAUAGUGGACAUGGGGGAAGAAUACGCAUGAUGCACGCGUAUGGAAUGCUUCAAUUGUUUCGGUACAUUUAGAGCAACAAUAUAAUAAUGGACGAAGAAAUAGUUGGUUGUUAGGAGACUCAGGUUACCCUUUGUUACCUUAUUUAAUGACGCCAAAAUUAGGUCAACCUGAAGAAUCACCUUCUGGUCGUUACACUAAUGCUCACGUAAGAGCACGCUCAAGUGUUGAACGAACUAUAGGAAUCUUGAAGGGACGAUGGAGGUGUUUGAGAAAGGAAAGAGGACUCCAUUAUUCACCAGAAUUUUCUGCACUCAUUAUCAAUGCUUGUUGCGUACUUCACAACGUGGCGAAAUUCUACAACGUUCCUGAACCUGAAGUAUAUUAUGAUAAUUUUGAUAUAGAAGGAAAUGGAAUAUGGCGCAAUGAGAAUAGAAAUGGUCACGACAUUCGAGAAAGUAUCAUAUAUUUGUAUUUUAAUUAAGUAUAUAUUUGUAAUACAAAUUGACAUUUUAUUUCAGUCAUUUCCAAAUAUCCUAAUCUUAUAAUAAAUUUUACUAUAUUUA